AAAAAAAUCUCAUCUUUUUCGUGUCUUCUCGUUUUCUCCAAUCUCAACUUUUUUUUCUUUCGAGAUGAUGGUUCAAUUGAUUUCACAAUCCGAUUGCACAAAUUACUUCAAAUAGAUCCGAGGAAUUCAAAUUACAUUACUUCCUUCGACUGUUCCAUAAUUCUACAGUUUCAAUUGUUCACUUGAUGAGAGCCAAAAUUGCAGAAACUAAUGCUAUAGAGGUGUUUAAUAUCAGGAGUUUAUGCAUCAUUUUUUCAUUACUCUUAAAAAGCUUCAUAGAUCAUUAUCAAAAUUGCUGCUGGGAAUGGAGUUGGGCAAAUUUUAGUUGGAAAGGAAGACAUUUUGUCAACCCCAGCAGUUACCCAUGUAAUCAGGAAAAGAAAGGCAAGCUUCUUUGUGUGAAAAACCGUGUUCUAAGUGUUACCACCAUUUGUGUUACCACCAGAGUGAAAUGCACAAAAAUUCCGGAUUAUUCUUUUAUAUCAUUACACAUGGACCAUUCAAAUGUGAGACCACCAGGUCACAUGGGAUAAUGCAGACAGCAAGAAAGAGACAAUUGUAAGUAGAGAGACACAAAUAAAAUAAGACUAAAGAAUGUUGUCGACUGAUCUAUCUUUAAGACUUGGAAUGGUUAUCUCAUUCUGCAAAUCCAGUUCCUUCACGUGUGUAUACUAUAAUGUUUUUUGAUAAAGAUGUAUACUAUAAUGUUAUUUCAUUAAUUUUAACUUUGUAGACGAUCACCAAAAUUAAAGUAGUAGACUCUUUAAGAUUACUUUAGAAAAUAAUUAAAUAACUUAUUCAUCAUUGAAGCGAAAAGAAGAUAAGACAGUAUUUUGUAAUUUAUAUUUGGAUAAAGGUACUAUAAAAUACAAAUUAUUUAAGUUUUAUAUUUUGAUUCCGAAUAUCAAUUAGAAAAGACUAUCUUAUCUUUUUUGAUGUACUACAAAAAAUGUAAC